CGGACACCGGCGCGGCCUGCGCGGCGCGGCGCGGCGCGGCCCACAGGCGCGGGUGGCAUGGCGGCCCCGGCGGCCGGCCCCUAGCCGCCGGCGGAGCGGAGGAAGCGGCCAGGUGGCCCCAUGGAGGAGACUUAGGGCCGCCCGGGACGGGAGCGGAGCCGGCAGCGAUGCCGUCACCUGGGCAGACCCCGACUGCUGGAAGCCCUCCCAGGACGUAGGUGACCCCCAGGGCGUGGAGGCAGGGAGUAGCCUUGAACCGUGAGGGGCCGUUAACUCUAAGAUGUCCUUGAGCAGCGGAGCUUCCGGAGGGAAAGGAAUCGAUGCGAACCCGGUUGAGACGUAUGACAGCGGGGAUGAGUGGGACAUCGGUGUAGGGAAUCUCAUCAUUGACCUGGACGCUGAUUUGGAGAAGGAUCAGCAGAAAUUGGAAAUGUCAGGCUCCAAAGAGGUGGGGCUCCCAGCGCCCAAUGCGGUGGCAACCCUACCGGAUAACAUCAAGUUUGUGAGCCCGGUGCCGGGCCCGCAGGGCAAGGAGGGCAAAUCCAAGUCGAAGAGGAGCAAGAGUGUUAAGGACAGUGGCAAGCCAACCCCGGGGACCUCCUUGUUCACUCCCAGCGAGGGAGCUGGUGGCAAGAAGGAGACUCAAGGACGCUCUGGGGACGGCGCGAACUCGGGCGGCUUGGUGCCUGCCGUCACCCCGAAGGGCUCGGAGAAAUCGGCCAAGGCAUCUCGCAGUGUGGCCGGCUCCAAGAAGGAGAAGGAGAGCGGCUCAUCCAAAAGCAAGAAGGAAAGGAGUGAGGGUGCGGGGGCUGCGGCGGAGAAGGAGCCCAGCGUACUGCAGCCCCUGGCCCUGGCAGUGAGGGUGGGACAGUAUGAUGGGGGCCAGGGGACAGAGCCUGCUGCUGCCGAGCAGCUUGGGAGUAUAGCUAUUGACACGGGAGCUGCGCUCAAUCCCUUGGGAGUUAAGUCGGAGCUGGAGGACGGGGAAAGUGAGUGUCGGCAGCUGAAAAAGGUGAAGUCGGAGAAGAUGGAGUCUCCCGUCUCUACGCCUGCGGUGUUGCCCUUACACCUCCUGGUCCCCGUUGUCAACAACGACAUCUCGUCACCUUGUGAGCAGAUCAUGGUACGCACCCGCUCGGUGGGAGUGAACACCUGCGACGUGGCCCUGGCUACCGAGCCUGAGUGCCUGGGCCCCUGCGAGCCUGGGACCAGUGUGAACCUGGAGGGCAUCGUCUGGCAAGAAACGGAGGACGGCAUGCUGGUGGUCAACGUCACCUGGAGGAACAAGACGUACGUGGGGACGUUGCUCGACUGCACGCAGCACGACUGGGCACCUCCCCGGUUCUGCGACUCUCCCACCAGCGACCUGGAGAUGCGCAACGGCCGGGGCAGGGGCAAACGCGUGCGUCCCAACAGCAACACGCCCGUCAACGAGGCUGCCGCCGCUUCGGACAGCAAAGGGACCAGCAACAGCAGCAAGACCCGGGCAGGGGCCAACAGCAAGGGGCGCCGGGGAAGCCAGAACUCCUCGGACCACCGCACGCCGCCCGGCGGCACGGCAGAGGACGUGAAGGCCAGUCCCUCCUCCGUCACCAAGCGGAAGAGCAAACCCCUCUCCGACAUGGAGCUCAACUCCAGCUCGGAGGACUCCAAGGGCAGCAAGCGCAUCCGCACCAACUCGAUGGGCUCGGCGGCCGCGCCGCCCGCCGCGGUCAAGGUGGAGCCGGCUGUUCUCGACCGAAACUGCCCUUCUCCCAUCCUCAUCGACUGUCCCCACCCGAACUGUAACAAGAAAUACAAGCACAUCAACGGGCUGAAGUACCACCAGGCCCACGCGCACACGGACGACGACAGCAAGCUGGAGGCGGACGUGGACAGCGAGUACGGCGAGGAGCCCUCCCUGCACGCGGACCUGGGGAGCUGCAACGGUGCCGCCGGCUCGCAGAAGGGCUCGCUCUCACCGGCUCGCUCGGCCACCCCCAAGGUGCGCUUGAUGGAGCCCCACAGCCCCUCCCCAUCCAGCAAAUUCAGCGCCAAGGUCCCCUGCAAGAAGAAGCUGGGUGGGGAAGGAGACACCGACCCGGGUGCCCUCUCCAACGAUGGCUCUGAGGACGGUCCCUCGGUGGCCGAUGAGACGAGCAACGAUGGCUUUGACUCUCUGGAGAAGCGAUGUGUUGACAAGGACAAGUUGAAGAAGGCGUCCGGUGCUAAGCCGGAGAAGAUCCCUUCCAAAAGCUUGAAGUCUGCCAGACCCAUUGCGCCAGCCAUCCCACCCCAGCCGAUUUACACCUUCCAGACAGCCACCCUCACCACAGCCAGCCCUGGUUCCUCCACGGGCCUUGCCACCACCGUGGUCCAGACCAUGUCCAACAGCCCUCAGCUUAAACCCAUCCAGCCCAAGCCUACGGUGAUGGGAGAGCCCUUCGCGGUCAACCCUGCCCUCACCCCUUCCAAGGAGAAGAAGAAGAAGGACAAGAAGAAGAAGGAGCCCAAGGAGGUAGAAAACCCUUUGACUCCCGGCAAAGCCUGCAGAGCGGAGGAAGGCAAGAGCCCUUUCCGGGGGGAAUCCAGCGACCUGGGGAUGAAAAACGAGGGGUUGCUGAACGGCUCAUCUGACCCCCACCAGAGCCGGCUCGCCAGCAUCAAGGCCGAGGCGGAUAAAAUCUACAGCUUCACCGACAACGCCCCGAGCCCCUCCAUCGGCGGUGCCAGCAGGCUGGAGAACACCAACCCAGCCCAACCCAUGACCCCGCUGCACGUUGUCACCCAGAACGGGGCAGAGGCGAGCUCGGUGAAGACCAACAGCCCGGCCUACUCGGAUAUCUCCGAUGCCGGGGAGGACGGCGAGGGCAAGCUGGAGAGCGUGAAGGCGAAGGAUCCGGAGCAGCUGGUCAAGGAAGGCGCCAAAAAAGCCCUUUUCCCCCCGCAACCACAGAGCAAAGAGUCUCCCUACUACCAAGGCUUUGAAACCUACUAUUCCCCCGGGUACCCCCAGGCAAGCCCGGGACCCUUGAACCCCGGCAGCCAGGCCACAGCCGAGACACAGGCCUUGAAGCUGAAGAAGGACGAGGAGCAGGAGAGCCCGGAGGUGAAGGUGAAGAGUGAAGCCUGCGAAGAGAAGAAGGCAGAGCUGGGUGGCUCCAGCCAGCAGCCCUCGGUCAUCCAGCAGCGUCCCAACAUGUACAUGCAGUCCCUCUACUACAACCAGUAUGCCUACGUGCCCCCCUACGGCUACAACGAGCAGGGCUACCACGCUCACCUGCUGAGCACCAACCCUGCCUACCGCCAGCAGUACGAGGAGCAGCAGAAGCAGCGGCAGAGCCUGGAGCAGCAGCAGCAGCGGGGGCUGGAGAAGAAGGCAGAGCUGAGCUUGAAGGAGAGGGAGGCGGCGCUCAAAGAGGAGUGGAAGCAAAAACCGCCCAUGCCCCCAACGCUAACCAAAGCCCCGAGCCUCACGGACCUCGUCAAGUCGGGGCUGAGCAAGGCCAAGGAGCAGGGAGGUCCUGACAUGGCCAAAUCCGUCAUCAUCCCCAAGCUGGAGGACUCAUCCAAGCUGUCUGGCAGCCAGGUUGCUGAGGGGCUCAAGGUGAAGCUGAGCGAGGCCAGCCACCUCGGGAAGGAGGCUGCCGAGACGAAGGCUGGCUCCGAGUGUGGCCGGCAAGCGGAGGUGGACCCUGUGCUCUGGUACAGACAGGAAGCCGAGCCCCGGAUGUGGACCUACGUGUACCCAGCAAAGUACUCGGACAUCAAAACAGAGGACGAGCGGUGGAAAGAGGAGAGGGACCGAAAGUUGAAGGAAGAAAGAAAUCGAAGCAAAGAAGCCGCAUCCAAGGAGGACGGGAAGGAGAGCACCAGCUCCGAGUGCAAACUGACCCCCACCGAGGAGGCUCGCAUGGUGGGGAAGGACCCCAGACCCAGCGUCCACGUCCCCGUGUCUUCACCCCUCACGCAGCAUCAGUCCUACAUCCCCUACAUGCACGGCUACUCCUACAGCCAGUCGUACGACCCCAACCACCCCAGCUACCGGGCCAUGCCCACCGUCAUGAUGCAGAAUUACCCAGGAUCAUACCUCCCCUCCAGCUAUUCCUUCUCCCCGUACGGGAGCAAGGCGUCCGGCAGCGACGACAGCGACAAGUCCCGAGCCAGCCCCAGCGUGAGUUGUAAAUCCAGCUCGGAAUCCAAGGCCCUGGACAUCCUGCAGCAGCACGCCAGCCACUACAAGAGCAAAUCGCCCACGAUAAGCGAGAAGACGUCUCAGGAGCGGGACCGCAGCGGCUGCGGGGUGGUGGGAGGCAGCGGGAGCUGCGCCAGCGUCGGGGGAGCCGGCGGCGGGGAGAGGAGCGCCGACCGGCCCCGCACCUCGCCGUCGCAGCGCCUGCUCUCGACGCAUCACCACCACCACCACCUCGGGUACUCGCUGCUGCCGGCGCAGUACAACCUGCCCUAUGCAACAGGUCUCUCCUCCACAGCCAUCGUUGCCAGCCAGCAAGGCUCCGCUCCCUCCCUAUACCCGCCUCCCCGGAGGUGAGAACGGACCGUGACGUGCCGGGACGCCUGGGCUGUACGAGACAUGUGACUGGCUCACAUGGGGAAGCGCUGGAGACUCCUUUAGACAUCAGUUGAAUGGUGUUAAUUGUUCUGCUUGACGUUCCUGCCGUGAUCCGAGGCAGACUCUGUCUUCUCCCCCCGCCCUCGUCGGACACACACUGACUCCCCCCUCCACACCCUCCCCUUUGGUGAGUGGGCGAGCUGGUACCUGCGGAAAUAUUUAUUCUACUGGGCACCGGCGCUCGGGAUGGAGGCGACUCACCUGCCUGGUGCAUAUGAAGAGGAAACGGAAGCACUGAGGUUUCUCGAUGGAUUUGGGACCCCGCCCACGUCUCUGCCAGCUGCUGCUUCACAGUGGGACUGGGGGCGGGCAGGGGUGCUGCCUCCUGCCCGCUCCUCGCCGGGGCCCGAAGCGCGGGGCCGAGCCUGCCGUGGCGUCGCAGUCUCAGGAAAGGAAGGGCUGGCGCAGGCAGGAGCCCCGGCGGGUGUUGGGGGGCAGGGGGGGGGGUCGGUGCAAGCCUGGGGGGGGUGGGUGUCAGCCUGGCUGGAGGCGGCCCCGGGCCCCGGGGAUGUGGUGCAUGCGAGGGGCACCCUCGCCGAGCGCCACGGCCGGUCCCGCAGCACCCGCCGCUCCGUGUCUGUCCGGGCAGGAGCCACUGGGCACGUGGCCGGAGCGGUGGGGUGGGGGGAGCUGGGGAGCUGCUCUCGGCCCCGACCAAGCGGCCUCUGCCCCCCCCCCCCCCCACCUCCCCCGGGGGGGGCUGGGGCUCAGCGGGGCCAGGGGGCGGCCGGGGUUCCUCCCCAGUGCCUUGGUGCGGUCCAGACCUGCCUGGAGCUCACGCCCGUGGCUUUCGAGUUGUUUUCUGAGCUGUGACACUGCAAACCCCCCCGGCCUUUCCUCUGCUCCCCUACCCCGGCAAGCGCUCCCCCAAACCUGGGGGCAGCGUGUCCCGCUCGGAGGCGAGCCGAGGGCUGCUGGCUCCCCUUCCCGUCCCCCUUCUGCUUUUAAGGCAGCUUCCCCCGCGCCGCGGGCAGAGCCCAGGGAGGAACACGCACACGUGGGCUCUGCCAGAGGCACCUGGGGCCGUGCUGGUGGCCCCCCCCCCCCCCCACCAGCCCCGUAGCACCAGGCCCCAGCAGAAGCCGGGCCCCACUCCCGGCUGCUCCCCAGCGCCCGAGGACAGGGGCUUUCUGGUCCUCUGCUCCCCCAGCCCCAGCGCGGCUCUCCCCGGGCCGAUGCUCUACCUCGGCCCCACAGCAGCCGGGCCCCUGCCCCCGGCUCGCUCUGCGCCUCUCCCCCCUGCCCGGCCGGGGAGCGUGGGGGGGGGGGGGGGGGGGGCGUCGGUCUCGGGUGUGCGUGUGUGUCCGUGUUGCACCCGGCCCCGAGGGGCCGCUGUACGGGGAUGCUCUGCCCGCCGGGCUCUGUACAUACUGUAAAAAGCAAUUGUUUGAAA